AUGGCGCACUGGACUCCCGACGGGCAUCAACGCCCAGAGACCUUCAACUUCGCCCUUGAUGUCGUCGACAAGUGGGCUGCACAGUCUCCCGCCAUGGAGGCCAUGCUCUGGGUAUCCUCCGACGGCAAAAGUGUCAAAUCACUAAGCUAUCGCCACUUCUCGCAGCAGUCGCACCGGAUCGCUAUACUACUCCAGCAACUUGGCGGACAGCCCGGUGAGACAAUGCUGAUGAUUCUUCCGCGCGUUCAGGAAUGGUGGGAAAUAGCCACAGCAGGCCUCCGAAGUGGGAUUGUGAUUGCACCCGCAACAACCCUCUUAACCGCAGCGGACAUCGACUAUCGCGUGCGCAAGAGCAAAGCAACGAUAUUUGUCGGCGAUGAGACUAGUGUCGCAAAGUUCCUCCAAAUUCGUAACAAGUGUCUCUCGCUGCGGACGAUUAUCCAGGUUGAUGGCUGUUCGGGCGAAGGAGUGACGAGCCUGCAUGAGGCUCUGCAGUCGAUUCCGCCUGAAGCGCACUAUCCAACGACGAGGUUUCCGUGGAAUGCACCGGCGAUUGCAUACUUUACAUCUGGCACAUCAGGCUUACCCAAGAUGGUCCGGCAUAACCAGGUAUCCUAUCCAUUAGCCCACGCCACGACUGGGAAAUACUGGUUGAAACUGGCUCCCGGCGACCUGUGCUGGAACUACACGGAGCAAGGAUGGGGAAAAGCCGCAUACUCCUACUUUGGCGCCUGGAACUGCUGCGCCAGCCUGUUCAUCUGGGAUGACCGGCAGUCGUUCAACCCGCUCUCCCUCCUCAGCAUGAUCCAUCGCUUCCCCAUCACGACCAUGUGCGUUCCCCCACUGGCCUGGCGGCAGCUUGUUACCCCACGAUGUCAAGAGUACUACUCCACCCACAAGCCCAAAGCCCUUCGAGAGUGUACCUCGGCCGGCGAGCCGCUGGAUCCCGAGGUGAUCAGGCAGUGGGCAAGCCUCACGGGCCUGAGUAUCCGCGAGGGAUAUGGGCAGACCGAAGCUGUCCUGAUGUGUGGGAAUCACGGCGAUUUCCCCGUCAAGCCGGGGUCCAUGGGGAAGCCGCUUCCGGGGGUUCCCCUUGCUGUCAUUGACUCUGAGGGCGUAGAGACUAAAGUCGGGGAGGAGGGCGACCUGGCUAUCGCACUUCCUGUAGAUGGAGGUGUUGGGUCUGCAUUCUUUGGUAUCUUUGAUGGGUAUGUCGAUGAUGACGGACAGGUAGCACGGGGAGAGCGCGUCAUCAACGACUCGAACGGGCAGCCAAUCCAGCGUUGGUACAUGACCGGUGACCGGGCAACGAGGGACGAGGACGGGUAUCUGUGGUUUGUCGGCCGCGCAGACGAUGUGAUCAAUUCCUCUGGGUAUCGAAUCGGCCCCUUUGAAGUCGAAUCCACCCUCCGCAAGCAUCCCGCCGUCGCAGAAUGCGCGGUCAUUUCAUCGCCGGACCCGGUUCGCGGCGAGGUUGUCAAGGCUAUUAUAGUCCUCGCGCCGGGGUAUACUACUUUGUCUAGCGAUGCGCUUAUCAAGGAACUGCAGGAUUUCUGCAAGGCGAGCUCUGCGCCGUACAAGUAUCCUCGCAAGAUAGCCUUCGUGCAGCCGGAGACGUUGCCGAGGACGACGAGUGGGAAGAUUAAGAGGGCCGAGUUGAGAAAGGUGGGGUGGAGGGACGCAAAGGUGAAGGCGAAGCUAUAA